GGGCGCAGUAACGGAGCGGCUCCGUGUCGUGACAGACUGUGGACGUGAGCGUGAACUGCCUCUGGAAAAUGGAGAAGAGACCAGGACCAGCUGAACUGGGACCAAACCAGGACUGCGUCAGGUCUGAACCAGAACAAAACCAGGACUAUUCCAGGUCUAAACAAGGUCCUGGUCCCAGCGGAUGCUCUCUGAGCAGUAACAUCUCCAAGGACUUGGACAUGAACUUUAAAAAAGACCAAAGUGGAGCCUCUGCACAGCUCAGUGACAACAGCGCCCCCUGUGGACCCACCGCAGAGUCUCUGUCAAGUGAACGCUCCAAAAAGUAUUUCAUCGAAUUCAAAGACUCACAUCAGAGAGACAAGGACCCGGGCAUUCCCAUUGAUCAGGAGCCUCAGGUGGAGCUUGACUCCAUCUUCCAGGUUCUGGAGGAGCAGGUCGUGGCUUUUGUCCAACAGCAGCUGCAGAGGCACCGCAGGCUCCUGGCCUCAGAUUACCCAGAAUGCUCCGAGAGUGAGGAGGAGGAGAGCAGAGAGGUUCUCAACAUCACCCUGGACUUCCUGAAGAGGAUGGACCAGGAACAUCUGGCCCAGCGCCUGAGAGACAGGAGUAAAGUUGGAUUCAGAGAUAAACUGAAGUGUGAUCUGCAGCAGAGGUUCAGUCGUGUGUUUGAGGGCGUGGCUAAAGCAGGAGACUCCGCCCCCCUGACCCAGAUCUACACAGAGCUCUACAUCACAGAGGGCGGAGCCUCAGAGGUCAACCAGGAACAUGAGGUCAGACUCAUGGAGACGGCGUCCAGGAGACCGACCGCUCCAGAGACCAUCACAUGUGAAGAGCUCUUUAAACCCCGCCCACAUUCACCACAACCAAUCAGAUUUGUGCUGACGAAGGGCGUGGCCGGCGUGGGGAAAACAGUGCUGACUCAGAAGUUUGGUCUGGACUGGGCUGAAGGCCGGGCCCACCAGGACCUCCAGCUGCUGUUCCCCUUCACUUUCAGAGAUCUGAAUGUGCUCAGAGACACACAGUUCAGCCUGGUGGAGCUGCUGCACCACUUCUUCAGUCCAUCCAAAGAUCUCUGCAGCUUCCAACAGCUCCAGGUGCUCUUCAUCUUUGACGGUCUGGACGAGUGCAGACUUCCUCGACUUCGGCCGAACCCGGUCCUGACUGACCCCACAGAGUCCACCUCAGUGCACGUGCUGCUGGUGAACCUCAUCAGGGGAAACCUGCUUCCCUCCGCUCUCGUCUGGAUAACCACGCGCCCCGCCGCGGCCAAUCAGAUCCCUGCUGAGUGGGUCUCCAUGGUGACAGAGGUGCGAGGGUUCACUGACCCACAGAAGGAGCAGUACUUCAGGAAGAGGUUCAGCGACCAGGCCACAGCCAUCAUCUCCCACAUCAAGAGCGUCCGCAGUCUCCACAUCAUGAGCCACCUGCCGAUCUUCUGCUGGAUCCUCUCCACAGUUCUACGGAAGCUUCUGGAACAAACAGAACCAGAGCUGCCCCGGACUCUCACACAGAUGUACAUCCACUUCCUGGUGGUGCAGGCCAAAGUCAAGAACAUCAAGUAUCACCAGGGAUCAGGGGCAGAUCACUGGACUCCAGAGACCAGGGAGAUGGUGAAGUCUCUGGGAAAAGUGGCCUUUGAGCAGCUGCAGAAAGGAAACCUGAUCUUCUACGAGAGUGACCUGAGCGAGUGUGGGCUGGACGCUGCAGCGGCCUCAGUGUACUCCGGAGUGUUCACACAGGUCUUUAGAGAGGAGCCAGGCCUGUACCAGGACAAGGUCUACUGCUUCAUCCAUCUGAGUGUGCAGGAGUUUCUGGCAGCUCUUCACGUCCAUCAGACCUUCUACAGCUCUGGAGAGAACCUGCUGCAGACACCACACUCCUCUGAGACGCCAAAGUCUGGAUUAAAAUGGAAAAGAAAAGGAAAGUUCUCUUCAACACAAAAAACCUCCAUGACACCAGAGGCAGACUUCUACCGCUCUGCUGUGGACCAGGCCUUACAGAGUCCAAACGGACACCUGGACCUGUUCCUGCGCUUCCUCCUGGGGCUGUCUCUGCCGACCAAUCAGAGGCUGCUGCAGGGUCUGCUGACUCACACAGGAAGUGACCCAACCAAUCAGGAGACAGUAAAGUACAUCAAACAGAAGCUGGAUGAAGAGGGUCUGUCUGCAGAGAGAAGUCUGAACCUGCUCCACUGUCUGAACGAGCUCAACGACGGCAGUUUAGUGCAGGAGAUACAGAAGAACAUGAGAAGAUACCUCUCUGAUGGAACCAUGUCUCCUGCUCUGUGGUCGGCCCUGUCCUUCAUCUUACUGUCCUCAGACUCAGACCUGGAGGAGUUUGACCUGAGGAAAUACCAGGCCUCAGAGAACGCUCUCCUGGGUCUGCUGCCGGUGGUCAGAGCCUCAACCAAAACCCUUCUUUGUGGCUGUGGUCUGUCUCCUCACAGCUGUGCUCCUCUGGCCUCAGUCCUCAGCUCCUCCAGUCUCACACAUCUGGAUCUCACCAACAACGACCUCCAGGACUCAGGAGUGGAGCUGCUGUGUUCUGGACUGAAGAGCGCCCCCUGCAGACUGGAGACGCUCAGGCUGUCUGGAUGUCUGGUCUCAGAGAGGGGCGGGGCUGCUCUGGCCUCAGCCCUGAGCUCCGCCCCCUCCCACCUCAGACAGUUCGACCUGAGCUACAACCAUCCAGGACCCUCCGCCGAGCUCCUGACCGCUCUACGGGACCAGCGCCCCCUGCUGUCUGUCAGGGUGGAUCCUGCUGGAGAGCGCUGGAUGGUUCCAGGUCUGAGGAAGUACUCCUGUGACGUCUCUCUGGACCCAAACUCACUUUACAGAUUUCUGCUUCUGUCCGAGGACCAUCGGACUGUGACUCGAGUGAAGGAGGAGCAGGAGUAUCCAGAUCACGACGCCAGGUUCACCGACUGGAGGCAGGUCCUGAGCUGCGGCGGCCUGAGCGGGCGCUUUUACUGGCAGGUGGACUGGGGCGGGAGGGUUGAAAUAGCCGUGAGUUACAGAAGGAUCAGACGGAGAGGACGGGAACUGGAGUGCGAGUUCGGAAACAACGAUCACUCCUGGUGUCUGGCGAUGACUGACGGUGGCGAGUUCUACGUCUGUCACAACAGCGACAUCAUACGACUCCACCGCUCCUGUCGCUCGGAGAGAGGGGGCGUGUUCUUCGGCAGAGUGGGCGUGUUCCUGGACUCCGAGGCUGGAGCUCUGUCCUUCUAUGACGUCUCCUCGGAUGGAGAACUGUCCCACCUCUGGACCUUCUACUCGUCCUUCUCCGAGCCUCUGUUUCCAGGGUUUGGACUGAGGAAAGAAGGUUCCUUUGUGGCUCUGGCGAAAGAGACGAGAUAAAACAGAAGAGACGCAACGAUGAAAACAAAAGAGAAAGAGAAAUGAGAACGAAAUGGUGCUUCAGUGUCUCUGCUGGAAUUUGACUUUGACUCAAAUAAAAACUCGAAACUGAACGAGGCCAAAGCCACUGGACUGGGACACGUCUUCACUUUGAUCUGUUUUGGACCAGAAAGUUCCGUUGGGUUUAGUUAAAGACGGAGUUUGUGACUCUGUGGGGUAUUUCAGGUUUUCCACUGGUUUUAUCACACACACAUGCACAUACACAUGCACAUACACACACACAUACACACACACAUGCACAU